AUGUCUGUCAAUGCCACACCAUCCUCGUCCAUGAAUACGGCGACAACCGUAGAGCGCAUCGCACUGACUACUCCAUUCUCGCCGCCUAAUAGUUGCCAGCCUAGCUGGACAAAAACGAGCCUGCUCUGGACUCAGGAUGGCACCUUUACCUAUCCUGUUCUGGUAUCAGCACCUCCAACUUCAUGCUACCCCUCGGGCUGGGGGAGCGGCGAGGCUGACUCUCUGUUCACCUUCAGUCCCGCUGUUUGUCCUUCUGGCUGGGAUUAUUGGGAAAUGUCUCGUUCUGGAGGCCCUCUAGCAGUCUCGACAGCAUACUGUUGCGAAAGCGGAUUCACCUUCGAUCCUUUUGAUCGAGGUGGUUACGUCGCCAAAGACUUCUUUACUAGCGGUUGUGGACGAUGGGUCCAGGCGACGACAAGCAUGACCCAAGACGAUGACACAACGACUACAGCACUGUCGGGCUUAUCCGGUUACCAAGAUGCAAGCGCGCUGGAUGGGACUUUUAUGGUUCACCAAGCCUGGGCUAUAUCCUGGGUCUCGUCUGAGAGGUCUGAUCUAACGCCGAUGCCACUUACUUUGACAGAUGGUGAGAGGGUAUCACAUUGGAAACCAGGCGAGACACUCCCCGAUGACAGCCGUCCAACCGAAAGGUUUGACCAGAGCCAGGGUUAUAUCAGCACCUCGGCUGUGUGGUUUCUCAUGAUUGGACUCCCUAUCAUCGUGUUUCUAAUGAUUGUCGGUUGCUGCUGGGUGUGUAUCAGGCGGAAGAUUAGGGAUAGGAGAGUCAGGCGUGCAAUGAGAGACUCAUCUUUGUCUCGAACUGGUGAAGGACGCUCAUCUCUCACCCCAGUCUCAUGA